AAUCUUUCGGCCGCCCAUUCAUCUCCCCUUGAUUCCGUGGUUGACGCUUACACGGGCGACUCGCUUCUCUUCUGUGAUUAUCUUGCAGUUCUUACUUUAUUGAACGAUAGUCGCAAUCAUCGUUGUCACGAUUUUAGCUUCGUUUUUACAGAAUUGGAUAUGAAUUCCGCACUGACGCACAGAGUCUCUCCCCACUCUCUCUCUCUCUCUCUCUCGGCCGUACGCCCACAGCCCACCACAAAUUCGCCUAUGCUAAGACGAAUACAUUUCCCCUAAUUUUUAACUAUUUUUUCAUCUUCUUUUGAUUUUCAUUUUCUACCCGUUUUUAAAUUUUCUUUUUUUGGUUUGGUUUAUUUAGCCUAUUACAAGAUCCUCCAAAUUCUCGAUAGGGUUUUCGGACAGAUACAGCAUCGUUGUGGCAUGGCUGUGAUGGAAGAUAUAGGAGUUGAUAUCAGUUCGGAUAUUGAUGUUGAUGAGAUAAGAGGUGAUGAUAAUAUAGAGGACAAAGAUGUUAGUGAUGAGGAGAUUGAGGCAGAAGAAUUGGAGAAGAGAAUGUGGAAGGACCGUGUCAAGCUCAAGAGGAUCAAGGAAAGGCAGAAGCUUGCUAUUCAGCAAGCUGCAGAGAAGCAGAAGGCUAAGUCCACCACGGAUCAGGCACGUCGGAAGAAGAUGGCACGGGCUCAAGAUGGCAUUUUGAAGUACAUGUUAAAGCUCAUGGAAGUCUGCAAGGCUCGAGGAUUCGUGUAUGGUAUUAUUCCGGAAAAGGGUAAGCCCGUUAGCGGUGCAUCAGAUAAUAUAAGGGCUUGGUGGAAAGAAAAGGUGAAGUUCGACAAAAAUGGCCCUGCGGCUAUCGCUAAAUAUGAGGCUGAGUGCCUUUCCAGGGGAGAUGGAGGUAGUAAUCUCAACAGCAAUUCGCAAAGCGUCCUUCAAGACUUACAAGAUGCUACGUUGGGAUCACUUCUAUCUUCCUUGAUGCAACACUGUGAUCCCCCCCAGAGAAAGUAUCCCCUGGAGAAGGGAAUUCCGCCACCUUGGUGGCCAACAGGGAAUGAGGAAUGGUGGAUGAGAUUGGGUUUACCCAAGGGUCAGACGCCUCCAUAUAAGAAGCCUCACGAUCUGAAAAAGAUGUGGAAAGUCGGGGUGCUAACUGCUGUUAUAAAGCACAUGUCACCUGAUAUUGCAAAGAUCAGGAGACUAAUCAGGCAGUCAAAGUGUUUACAGGAUAAGAUGACUGCAAAAGAAAGCUCAAUAUGGUUAGGUGUUUUGAGCCGGGAGGAAGCCUUUGUUCAGCAACCAUGCAGUGAUAAUGGUUCAUCUGGCAUUAGUGAGACUCCUUCGAAAGGUCGUGGAAAUAAGAGGAAAGCUUCUGUUGAAAGUGAUAGUGAUUAUGAUGUCGAUGGUGUUGAUAAUGGCCUGGGAUCUGUUUCAUCUAAAGAUGAUAGGAGAAAUCAAUCUGCAGAUGUAGUACCUCUUGAGCCUCUGGUUCAUGUAGCACCAAAGUCAGUCAAAGGCAAAAAGCAUGUAAAUGAGCGCCCAAGGAAAGUCAAGCACCAAAAAUUAAGCUCUGCUAAACAACUGGCAGUUCUUUCUUUGAAUGAGCAUCCACAGGAUAAUCCUGAUGACAUAGUGAUGGAUGUAAAUCACGAUAAUGUACAGAUUGCUGGAUUCUUGAUGAACGAGAGCCACCAAGAAAAAGACGGAAUAACAGCCAUGAGGCCUCAGGAUAAUGCUCAAGAAGAACCCUGCUUAGUAGAACCUAAUUUUAACCUUUUCUGCUCCAUUCCUUCUUCAAACGCUGUCCCCAUUAGGAAUGUUCCCCAAGAUAAUGAACACUUACCUUAUGCAGUGGCUCAAAGUACUGACAUGGUGCCCCAUGUUUCCAAUGCGAUACCUCAAGAUUCUCAGUUGCAUAGCAGGCUGCCACCCUCUAAAUUGCACGAAAAAACUCAAAGCUCUCUGUAUCACGGACUUCAUGAGUCUGGGUUGCGUCAUGGACCCCAAAAUGCUGUAUGGCAACCUGGACCUCAAGAUCCAAUGCUGCCUCAGGGAGCUCAAAAUCCUGGGUUCCACCAUGGAUCGACUUAUCACUAUUAUAAUCAAACUGCUGUUGGUUCAAGUCAUAAAGUACAGCAGUCGGAAACAGCAUUCAAUGAGAUGCAGUACGGACCAGAGGAUUCGAGAUUCCAUUUACCAGAGUUACCUAGAAAUGAAAAUGAUAUUACUCAAGGAGGUUUCCCACCAUUUGUGAAAGAUGCAUUUCCACAUGAGCCAGAUAGGCCGGUCGAUGCCCAGUUUCCAUCUCCUCUCAAUAGCUUGUCACCCGAUUUACCAGGUUACAGUCCCUUUAGUCUUCAAUUCGAUGGCACAAGUUCGUUAGAUACUGGUGACUUCGACUUUGUUGUUGACGAUAAUUCGGCUGAUGACAAUAACUUUGCUGAACUGAUGAAGUACUUUGCCUCAUAAGCUGUGGUUGGCAGUGAUUCAGCCCAUCCGAGUGUCGUAUGUUUCAUAACUGAAGUUAUAUUUUUCUUCGGAAUGCACAUGUCCCCUCAAAUUUAUGUAUAUGCUAUUAGAUUUUCUGUGAUACCGAUUUUGUAGGGGCAAGAAAAAACGCUUUUUGAUUCAGGCAGAUGAGUCUUUGCCUCUCAGCUGAAUACUUUGCUGGUUAGGUAAAAAUCUUUCUGAUGCCAGCUGUGAACUUAAUCUGUUAUUAUCUUCUUUUUCCUAAGCUAUUCAGCUGCAAGCUUAAUUAGCUUUAUCAUCAUUCUUUGGGCCAUGAUUGGCCCUACCGGUUGUACUGUUAUGACCCCAUGGCGGGCACAUGUAAAUGAGUAGAUUUGCUGGAUUGACAAAAGACGCAAGGUGGUAUUUUUUCGGUUCCAAUCAAUACACAAUUUACUAAAGUCUGGAAUA